CACAACUCCUUUGACGAGAAACGAAACAUCCUAUUCCGAGUCAGAUCGUCAGAAUCACGUCUAGAAUCAAAACCCGCCAGUAAUACCACUAUGUCUACUGAAGCCAUGCACUUGGACCAGUGGCGAACCAUUCAAGCUCUGGCCCCCCUCACAGAGUCCAAGGUAUACAGGGGCACGUGGAAGAAACACAUUUUCGCCUCGCCCUUCGAGAAAGUCGAAGGGUCCAUCUCAACUCAGUUCCUGGACCCCCUCAACUCUACAUCCUGGUCCAAGAAGACGUCGAUGGGCCUGACGACCAGCGUGAGCCCGACGGGCCAGCCGAAGAUGAUAACGCGCCUUUCCUGCGACGAGCCCCCGCUCGACCCAACCCAAGCUACUCCCUGGCAAAUGGCCAGCUUGAUUGUCCGUUGGACAAUGUCAGUGACGCUGACGACUCCGAGAAUUCUUUAUCAAGCGUUACGCCUGCACUUCUCCGGGAAGUUGUUGAUGAGGUCGCGGCCAGCUAUUCGACCGGGGAGCGAGUCGCGGCGUGCCACCAGGGGAGAGAGGGUCCUAGAGUGGUUCUUCCGCCAGUACCUGAUUGAAUGUGUUGCUGCCUACCCCAAGCCACUCGAGGUGGUAUACACUGCUCCUGCAGCCCUUUUACCCGACUCGCUGCAUCUGCACUCACCUUCAUAUCGCACGGAUCUCGAAAAUGCUCAGCGUCUUGCAAUCCAGCCCCUGGACCCAGGCUUCUAUUUCCGCGUCAUGAGCUACCGGGAUGCAGGAGAAGGUGUCUCGAGCGAAGCAACCCCCAAGGGCUUUGAUGCAGAUGCACACUCCGCGCCCCUCUAUGUCUCUGAUACUGAUCUGCUCGACACGUUAAUCGCCUUCCACCCCUGCGAUCACCAAAAGGGUAUCGCUGCCGCCAGCACUUUCUGGCGCGGAUGGUCGGGGCGAUCGUUCAUGGGUCGCUUCGUCUGUGCGCGGCUGCCUCUGCGUUCGCAGCUUGUGUACGGAGGCGCGCUGUGGCGGGCAAGGGCGGAGGGCCUGGCGUGUGGCUACCCGAGUCUAUUAGGGGUAUAUGAUUGUCUCGGGAGAGGGGCCUUGCAAUGGAGCUUCUUCCAGGUGGGUAUGCAUGUUUGUCGGCUGGUACCCCCGGGUCCAGGGGAGGAGACACUCAAGUUGGGUAGUUUGUUGGGGGUCUAUGCUGUGCUGACCUUUGGUUGGGAUUCUUUGCUAUCAAUCGCUCUUUCAACACUCCAGACGUGA